AUGUCGCGAUCCUCACUCCUGUCACUCGCAGAGUUGGUACGUCCGUACAUACAGGGUGAGUGUACUCACAUGCGCGCUUCUGUCGAUGUCAUCAAAAAAGUUGCCUGCACACUCUAUUACCUGGCUGACAAGGGUAGACUGCGCAAGACAGCUAAUGCGUUCGGCCUUGCUUGCUCAACAGUGUCCAUCAUAGUGAGAGAAGUAUGUCGAGCAAUUACCAUCCACAUUGGCCCCAUGUACAUAAAGUUGCCCACAUCGGAGGAAUCUGUACAGCACUUCGUCGCCAAGUUGGAGGAAAUGCAUAGUCUCCCUCAAUGCGUAGGGGCUGUGGAUGGCACGCAUGUGGAGAUAAAGCAGCCAUCUGUCAAUUCCACAGAUUACAUUAAUAGAAAAGGGAGGCUCAGCCUAAACAUCCAAGCUACCUGUGAUUUCAACUAUUCGUUUAUUGAUGUGGUAGUUCGGUGGCCUGGUAGCUUUCAUGAUGCACGCAUUUUUGCAAAUUCUGCACUCAAUGACCUUCUGAAAACUGGCAAAAUCCCACCAUGUCCGAAGAAAAUCGUAGAGGACGAAGAGGCCAUACCAGUGUACUUGCUUGGAGAUCCGGCAUACCCUCUACUCCCAUACUUAAUGAAAGAGUAUGUGAAUGGGGGGAGCAAUGCUCAGGAGCAGUACUUUGGACUGUCAUUGUGCCGUGCAAGGAUGGUCAUAGAAUGCACGUUUGGGAGGCUGAAAGCCCAGUUUGGAGUCCUAAAACGAGCGAUGGACAUCAAUAUGAAUGACCUUCCAUGUGUCAUAUAUGCGUGCUUUGUCCUGCAUAAUUACUGCGAGGCUGUGAAUGACACAGUGGAUGUCGGCAGGGUUACAGAAGCUAUUCAGGACGACCGGAACAACCAACCUGAUAAUGCACCACCGGUCAGAGAGGGAAUGUCAGCUGAAGGGAAGAGGGUCAGGAGAGUCCUGACAAAGUUUCUUGACCCUUGA